AACUAGAAAUUCAUAGGCAGUUUACACUUGGCGGUUUGGAAUUAGUAUUUUAUCUAAACUUUAAAAUAUUUAUAUGAAUAAUUAAUAUUAAUGUUAUUUCGUAAGUAAUUUCGUAAGCAAUUAGAAAUUAAUUAUUGUACUGAAGGUUUUAAAAUGUCGAAUUUUCCGCCUACUCCUCCCAACCCGAAUGUACAAAAUAGAUUUGGCCAAUACCCGAAUCAAACGUAUCCGAUGCAGCAAAGGCCUGGCAUGUACCAGCAAGGUGGUCCAAUACCUCAAGGUGUACCACCUAAUGCUAUGAUGGGAGCUCGUGGACCUCCCACUCAAGGAUUUAGCCCUAUGAGGCACGGUGCUGGCCCUAUGGUACCAAACCAGCCGACACCUGGCAAACGACCUGCCGAUAAUCGAAAUCCACCGCCUAUGGUUAAAGGUAAAGUUAAAAAAACAAAACGCAAAAAAAAUAAAACAAAGUUUAAAUCCAAAGGCCAUUCAUCAUCUAAAUCGAAUAAAACUAUAGAUGAUUCAAAAGAAAUAAAUUAUGCUAACAACUAUGCUCCAAAUAAUCUCGAAAAAUCAUAUUUAAAUAAUCCAGUUGCAUUUAUGAAGAGCGAUAUUAAGCUAGAACCUAAAAAUAAUAGAAGUUUAUCUUCUGAAGAUAGCUCAGACAGUGAAAGYAUUAACUGUUUUUCUAAUCAUGGCAYACAAUUGAAGACUGAACAAUAUGACGGUGCUUCUUGUUCAAGAACAGUUGAUUCUGAUUCAAAUGCAUCAGAUGAUUAUYCUUCAAAGACUUAUAGAACUGUUGAAGAUAAUGWAAUGAGCAACAAGGGAAUGUCUUUAAUGAAAAAAAGUGGUUACAAAGAAGGUGAAGGAUUGGGGAAAAAUGCUCAGGGAUUGGUGAAUCCAGUGCAGUUACCUACUCAAAAAGGUCGUAGAGGUUUGGGUUUUGCAUCACGAGAGCCAAGAGAAUCUUUUGUUUUGGACUGGGAUCCUGAACAAGAAGAAUCGGCAGAUAUUUUAAAAGUCAAUGAAUGGUUAGAAAAUGAAGAUCCUCUGACAUUAUCAAUUGAGGAUAUGAAUUAUUGGCUUGAAACUGGUGAGAAAAAAUUGACGUAUAAUCAAACAACAGAGUUUGCUGAUUCAGAAAUUUUUAAAGUUGUUAAUUGUAGCAAGAAUGUUUUGGAUAAUAUUGAUGAUCAUGAUUUUCGUCAUGCUAGAACUAAAGCAAAUCCAUUUGAAACAGUGAAAAAUGGAAUAUUCCAAAACCGAGCUGCAAUGAAAAUGGCUAAUAUUGAUUGGGCAUGCGAUUUCAUGUUUACUGAUCCYAAAUACAACGAUGGUUCACCUAUGCUAACAAGUCCAAGUAGUUUACUCUAUUUUGCUGAYAUAUGUGCUGGACCUGGAGGUUUUUCCGAAUAUGUCUUAUGGCGAAAAAGUUGGAAAGCAAAAGGUGUAGGAUUUACACUACGUAAUGCUAACGAUUUCAAAUUGAAUGACUUUUAUGCUGGUUCUCCUGAGUCAUUUGAAGCAUUUUAUGAAUUAAGAUUAGGACAGAUUCAAGCAUUGAGUUUAUCAAAAAUUGUGGCUUACACUAAAGAUCAACGGUUAGCUGAUGAUAGACAAAAAGAUCUUAGAAAAAAAUGUUUAGAAUUGUGGGAAGUUAAAGAUGAUGUAAGACGUGCACCAUUUAGAAGUAAUCCUAAGGAUACUUGUAAUUCACUGAUWAUUGGAACAAAAGAUUUCUUACAGUCAUCACCAGAAGUUUUAAACAAAGAAAAUUUACCCAAGCACGUAAAGUCUGUGUAUGACUGGCAUUGUGUUUUGCUCAAUAAUUCUAAACCUCCUACUUAUUUUUUGAGUUUAGGUGGUAGCCAAGUAUAUGAAUUAGUUAAUAAUCAAUGGGUCUCUAAUGAAUAUUUAAAGAGUGUAAUGAUGAGUCCUGGCACACUUGUAUAUGGUGAGCUAGCUAUUGAAUUAGAAGGAGAAGAUCUAGGACAACUUAGAGUUAGAGUAUUGCACAUUAUAGAUGCUUAUAAGCUUGGUAAUAUUGAUAUUAGUAAUGAACAUUAUUUAUCAAGGAUAAAUUAUUGUAAAGAUUUCGCAAAGUCCAUGAAUAAAAUAGAAUCGGAUAAAACAAGGAUCAGAGUAAAAGAACCCAUAUACUUAGAAAACAUUUCUGACAUUUUUGAAAAAAUUGACCUUAGAUGGUCGAAGUUCCAUCGUAAASCUGUUAAGAUGUACAUGUUGGAUAGUGAAAAAUAUUGUUGUGCUUCUGGAAUAUUAUUUAUUAAAGCCACAUUAAGUCCAUGGGUGAGAGCAUUAUCACGUACCUAUAAAACAAUGUACUAUGGUCAUCCAUCAAAACCAGCUAUAUAUGAAGAAGGAAACCCGGUCGCUGCAUAUGCUCCUUUUAGGGACUGCCGUACAACUAAUAAGAUAUGGUUUUGGAUGGAUGAAUUUGGAAAUCCAUUAAAAAACCCAGGUUUGGAACAAGAAGAUUUUGAGAAUCUUAUAAAGUAAUUCAGGAUUAUUUUGAGUAUUAUUUUUGAUUGUAUAAUUAUAAUUGAACAUUCAUUAUGUUAGGUUGGUUAUUUUAACUGACUUGAAAUAAAAAUAAAAUUUAA